ACAUUGUGUAUCACCAUGAAGACAGCUGUGGUCCUCCUACUGGUUGCUGCCGCCGUGGCCGACAAACCGAACUCCGAGUUCGCCAUCCUCCGCAGCGAGCAGCACCACCCCAACUCCGAGGGCGCCCACAGCUUCGACUUCGAGACUGAGAACGGCAUCAACUUCCACGUGUCCGGCUCCCAGGGCGCCACCGGCGGCGCCAACAGCAUCGGCGACUGGAGUUACCCGCUGGGUGACGGAUCUAAGGCCGAUUUCAAGUUCGUGGCCAACGAGAACGGCUACCAGCCCGAGUCGUCGCUCCUGCCCGUGGCCCCCGCCUUCCCCCACCCCAUCCCCGACUUCGUCCUCCGGCAGAUCGAGUUCGCCGAGCAGCAGAGGGCAGCCGAGGCUCGAAAGGCUUAAGGCGCUCCUGAAGGACACGAGGCUGUUGACGGACGCGGCGACACUCACAGAAUGACACAAGGCUUGACAGACGCGGCUAAGACCUGUGAACUUGCGAAUCCUUAGGUGGCGAUAUUCACAUUCGAAUCUUCACUUAACUUAUUUAUUUGCUGUUCAGUUGUUAGAGAUGAGUUGACUAGAUCGGCUCAUUUAUUACUGUCCUUUAGAAUAACUUAAUUAUGAAAUAAAGAUAUCUAAUAUA